GCUUAUGUCGCGCAUGGUUAGACACCAACUUCCGGUCCUCAGAUGGUUCUCAGAGGAAAACAAAAUCGAAUGAAAUUACUUUCGAAAUGGGCGUCUUUGACGUUGUUUCCUAAAUGUAUCUCGAUUUCGUAAUUUUGCAGAUCAGAGACUUCACGAGUUCACGUUCUAGCUAAUGCCAUAGCCAACCAAGGAGCACCUGUCUUUUCCUGAUAACUGAAGGCGUCUGGAUAUGAUCUGCAGUUGCAGAUGAACUUCUUGUCCAAGUUCUCCUGGAAGCCUUUGACAACAUGGAGAAGAGUUGGGACAGCAUAGAUGAAGCAGGAGACUACUCAACAGAUGAAACUAGAAAUAUACCAAGCCAUUCAUGUCAGAAAAUCACUGAACACAAGGGAGCAGAAGGGGGAGAAGAGGUCCUGACUGACAAAACAUAUAAGAAGAAUAUGGCCGAAUUUAAGGUGAAGAAUGAAGAUGACUCUAGUCCUUUUUCGGACAUCCACAGUCAUUCAAAGAUCAUGGCUCAAGAUCUUCAACGAGGGGCAACAGAAGUCAUCCAAGAUAAGUGUUCCCCUUUCUUAGAAAGAUCAUGCCCUGUGGGCCUAACCAAUGUUCAGGAAAGUUGUAUUUUGGCUUCUGGAUUUGAUGUAAAAAAGAAGACCGGUAGAGAUUCUGCUGCAGUGGGGAUCGGUACUAUAGUUUCUUUCUCCCCCUUUUCAAGCAAUCUGUCAAAAAAUAUAAAGGGAACUGUCACACAGUCACCCAUAGACCUUGAGUUACAGCAAUCUUCUUUAUCAGACUCUUCUCUAAGUGACCCCGGACAAUAUUCAAGAGCGGUAGUGGAUGAGAAAGCCUAUGCUGAUGUAUCCCAUCAAAUGUUACCACUUUCGGAAACCAAAAAAGGAAAAGAGAAAAUAUCACUUUUGCCUGUGAUGGAAAAGCAACAAAAGCGAAAAGUUGGUCAGCCAUAUAAGAAAACUCUAGGGAAAAUGGCUAAACUUUCAGCAAUUGCCCAGGAAUGGGAUUCAGAUGCCAUAUCCAGGGUGACUCGCAAUAAGGAUAAUCUAACACCCUCAUGCAAACAAACAGAUGAGAAGAAAUGGGAUGAAAUGUUAGAAUUUCCCCCAACUACCUCAAUUGCCACAAGUUUUGGAUGCAAUUCAACAUCUGAUUCUUCAAACCACUCAGAUGACAUAUCUAAAUCUCAAAUAACUGGACAAAGCAUUUCUAUGGAAUUUAUCCAACCGCCCAGAGGACAGAGAACUUCAAAGACCACACAAAAAGCAGAAGAAGAAGUCCCAGCGCUAAAAUUGACCACUGCCGCAGAGGGGAAAGAUUCUCCUAUAGUACAAGCUCUGGCACAAAACACAUUGGUGCUGUCCGAAACGGUCUGCUCGUUUGAUGAUAACACAGAGGAUGCAUUGAAAGUACAAAAGAUACCUGGAAAAAAUACAGCAAUAACGUCCAAAGCAGGAAAUAGAAGGACUCAGGCGUUCAAAAGAAACAGAAUGACUCCGAGCAGCCUCUUGACCACUCAGUCACAGAGUAGCAGCGCUACACCCCAAGAAAAUUGUAAUUUGGGACUCUCUCAAGAUGCAACUCCACUACAAUCAUCUGACAUAAAAAUGGAGCCUAAAUACUUGUAUAUAAAAACAGAGCCCAAAUUCUUGUCAGACACUGGUGUCUUGGAUGUCAAGAACAAUUUGAAGGAACACCGAAAAAGAGAACCCUCCAAAAACUUUACAGAAGGGAGUGGUAAAUGUCCUGGUGUGAUGUCUAGAUGCUUUGACUUGUCUAUCACUCAAAAAGACCAGGGGGCACCAAGUGACAUAAGGAGGGAAAUCAAAUAUGUCACUGCUAACACAUCAGCUGUAGGAAACCAGGGGGAAAUGACUCCGAGAACUCAAGCUCUCUCUGGACUGAAGAGUAUUGAGGAUGUGCUGAAAUUGAAGCGGAAAGCUGGUCGACCAUUCAAGAAAAAGACAUUGUUUAAAAUGGCUAAACUGCUAGCGAUAGCACAGGAAGGUGGAUCUAAUGAUACGGAGAACUGUGGCAUGAUUGAAGAGUGUGUUCCAAAAUUCCAGCAGGUCCCUGCCUAUCACCCCCCCAAGUCAAAAGUAAAGAAGACGGAUACAAGAACCGUGGCAUCAAAUUCACCUACAAGCACCUCAAGAAAAUCCAGCAGAAAGUGUAAAGCGACCCCAAAAACUGUUCAAAAGAUGCAAAUCCUCACACACACGCCCACCCAACCAGUGUUACCAGUUUCAUCCUAUCUUAUUGAACCCAUUCUCAAAUUGGAGCACACAACUCUUAUCUCACCGUUGUCUGUCAUUCCUCUAUGUAGUGCAGAUAUUUCCCCUCAACAGGAAAGUCACAGAGGUGGAAAACCCCUGAAGAAAAACACACCAUUUUACAAAAACAUGACCACUGCAGUACGACAUCCUCCAAUAUUUGCACUAGAUUCCAAGGCCCUUGCUGAGAUUGCCUCUACAGGGAAUGACAAAGAAACAAAGAAAGACAUUGGAUCCAAAAGUAAAUGCAAAUGGGUGCCUAGAACUCGUGGUGUAUCAGAAUUACCGUGUACAAAUGGAAUUCCUCAGGGAGAUAUACACACCCAGACUAAUAGGGAUGAGGUGUAUUCCAAGACUUCGGCGCCUACUGUGCCACACUCCCAGAAAUCACGGAAACGUGGGGUUCAACAUAAAAAAGGUACAGAAAAGGCACUUGUCCUAUUAUCUGAUCAACCUGCCCUUCCUGUUUCAGAUUGCCAGUUGCAGGUGCAAAAUCACAGUGCAUCUCAGGAAACGCCUUUACUGCCAUCAAAGAUUGAGACAGAAUCUGACACUGUAUACCCGACACCGAGAACGGCUACAAAGAAUAUUCCAAAGAUGUGUAAGGCAAGAAACAAACCUUUACUGAAAGUUGAGAAAGCACAGGUGCCAACUCUGGAUCCUUCCCUUGUAGUGGAACAUAUGCGUCCCGAUGUGCCAGAAGUGGAUCAAAUGAGACAAGUGGAAGCAGUGAUAGAGUCAGUAAUUAAAGAUGUUCACCAACCACUGGAACAUGUGGAUCAAAGAAACAAAAAUAAAGAAGAAGCCAGCAAUGUUUCUGCAUCAACUCUGGAUUCUUCACUUGGAAUGGAACAUAUGCGUCCUGAUGUGCCAGAAGUGGAUCAUACAAGACAAAUGGAAGCAGUGAUGGAGUCAGUGACCGAGGAUCUACACAAAAAAGAGGUCAGUGAUGUUUCUACAUCAGCAUACUCAACCUUUCCUUCCUCAGAUAACCUGUUUGAACAACAUAACCAUAGUACAUUAUCUCAAUCGCCUUUGCUGACAUUAGAAAUAAAGACAGAAUCGGGCAGAAUCAAGAAUGCCCUACCCAAAAAGUCGAAAAUAUGCAUGAAAGAGAAACAUACGUCAAAAAGCCUAUUGAAAAGUCAUAAGAAAGCAUCUAUGCCAACUUCAGGUCCUUCAUCUGACACAGUGCAUGCGCCAUCCAAAAGAGUUAAGAAGAAUUCCACUACUUGUCAAGAAAGAAAAAGACCUUCACAGAAAGUUGAGAAAGCACAGGUGUCAACUCUGGAUAUAAACUACUCUGGAGAGAAACAUAGAAGUCCUGAAAUCCCACAAAUGGAUGAAAUGAGACAUGUGGAAGCAUUUAUAGAUGCAGUGAUUGAGGAUCUCCACAAACCACUCAAACCUAAGGAUCAACAAAAAAAGUUAAAAGAAGAGACUGAUAAUGUUGCUCCAUUAGAACCAACAACCUUUCCUGCCUUGGAUAACCUGUUGGAACAGCAUAACCAUAGUAAAUUACCUCAAUCUUAUUUUCUGUCAUCAAGAAAGACAAAAUCAGGCUUGAAACAUGCCGUACCCAAAACGGCAACAAAGAAUAAGUCAAAAGCAUGCUUUAAAGGGAAACUCUCUAAAACUGAUAAGAAAGCAGCUGUACUAACUUCCGAUCCUUCUAUUGGAGGUGAAGAUGGAUAUCUUGAAAUGCCUCCCCACCUUAACCAAGCAGAGAAAGGAGGAAAGAGUGAUGGAAAGAACAAUAAUGAUGUAGUAAAGCAUGAAAUAUCAAUGACAGAUGACCAUUUGGAAACAGCAGCCCACAAACCACAUCAGCGUAAAGGGCCAAGAAAGAAGCUAAAAAAAGAGGACUGUAGUGUUUCCAAACCAGAUCAAGUAGAAUCCACUAUCUCAGACAGCCAGCUAAAACAGCAUGACCACAAUGCAUUAGAGCAUGUUUCUUUGCUAGCAUCAGAGACAAAGACAGAAUCAGGAAUGGAACAUAUCAUACCUGAAAUGGCAACAACAAAUAAGUCAAAAUCAUCCAGGAAAAGAGACCUCCCUUUAAAAGCACCCCCAGCAAAUGCUAAAAGAGCAGCUAUGCUAACUUCAAAUCCUUCUCUUGGAGCAGAAGUUGGAUGUCUUGAAAUGCCUCCCAACCUUAUCCAUGCAAAGCAAGGAGGAAAGUGUGAUGGGAAAAGCAAUAACAAUGUAGUUAAACAUAAAAAAGAAACAGUGACAUCAGUGAUGGAAAAACAUAUGGAAACAGAGCGCAAACCACGUAUGGGGUCAAAAAAGAAUCUGAAAGAAGAGGACAGCAAUGUUUCCAUAUCAGAACAAGCAGCAACUCUUACCUCAGAUAAACAUCCCAACCAAGUUUCUUCGCUGGCAUCAGAGAUCAAGUCAGAAUCUAACAGUGGAUGUGUCACACCCACACAAAAAAAGUAUAUUUCAAAGGCAUGCAAGAAAAGGAAGAUAACUCCAACCCCACCAAGUUCAAAACUUUCUCUUGGAAUGGAAUAUGGAUACUCUGAAAUGGCUACCAAUUUCACACAUGUGGACCAGGUUCAGAAUAUUCUUGAUACUUAUAAAAUCUCCAAAGUGAGAAAAAAAAUUACUGGUUCAAUAUCCAAUCGAAGAAAUUCCAGACUGCCCUACACAUCUAAUUCACAUAUCACAACUGAGUCGAUGCAAGAUCAAGUAAUUCUAUCGGUUGCAUCAGAUCUCACCAAUAACCCUACCAGUCCUGUAUCAAUAACAGUGUCCUCAAUUGCAGUGCAAGGACAGAUUACUCAAUUAGUGAGUGCUGACUGUAUCAACAAACGGUCACAUAAAAUGAGGACUCCUAAGACGAUAAAACCUCAGAGACCAAAAGGCACAGGUCUUGAUAAGAAUAUCACAGAUGACAACAUGUCUCUCAAAUUCUUAUCAGCAUUUGUAAAAGAGGAACUCAUUGAGGAAGAAAAAAGCCCAGAAAAUAGGGGGAAAGAAGAUGGCAAAGGGAAGAAAGGCAAAAUUCUCAAAAUAGACUAUGUGAAUCCACAAAGUAAACACAGCCAAUCUCAGGUGAAGGAUGGCAAUGCAUUAACAGAUGACAAAUUCAUUUUACAAGUCCCUAUAGAUGAAGCAGGGGGCUCUAUGUCUAUUGCAAUAGACACAAUCAGUACUGUGAUUCCAAAACGUAAAAAAGGUGGUCGUUUUUCCAAGAGAUUGCAAAAAAUGUCAUCUACCACCAACGUUCCCAGUGAACAGCAAUGCAUUAAUAUGUCCCCAGAAAAAACAUCUCUGUGUGUCAGCAAUAUAUCAGAAAUACAAAGAAAGCGAAAAGUUGACACCAGAAGUACUGAUUUUGUUAAUGCAGAUAUAAAAGUCCUAAAUCCUAAAGAUGAUCUUAGUGAAAGCUCUGUAUUAGUGGACUCGUCCUUACUGGAGAAUCAGAGAAUGAAGAACAAGGGGAAGAAAAAUUCCAAGACAAUUUCGGAAGAACCGACAGUGGCCACAUCAGUUGUAAAAGAGAUGGUGGGGCAAGAUUUUCAGACCACCAUAACAGCACUGAAAAAUAAACAAGGUCGGCCAUUCAAGAAAAGAACUUUGAGAAUGGCAAAACGGCUGUCAUGUGGAGAGCAGAAGUCAAACACUAGCGGGGAACUUUCUGUGAAUAAGACACAGAGCUGUAAAUCAAAGGGAACUUCUAAGGGAGGGAAAAAGAACAAUUUGAACCCAGCGUCGUCAACCUUAAGGCACACUAAAGCAUCCAAGGCAAUGAAGAUUGAAGACAUUGCUCUUAAACAAGAGCAAGAUGACAUAUGGGAGAUCGUUGAUGUAUCCAGCAACAUUUUCUCCUCACAAACUGUGACUAUUUCCCCCAGUAUUUCAGGGCAAGAAUUUGAAACCUCCAUAUCUUCAGAAACAAUGUUCUCUGUUGAUGCAGGGCCGAUACAAGGAAUCCAGCAAAUUGAAUCUACCCAAUUAACACCCCAUCUCACAAAAUUACCUCAUAAAGUGACUGGUGUGAAGAAGAGACGCAGGAGAAAUAAAACUGGAUGGGCUACAAAAGUGAAAUCCAAACGACCACUCUCCAAAGUGAACUCCGGGGAUAGGCUUGACGUUUUGAUUCAGUCUACCAUUGACAACACUAGCCUCUGUAAUUCGUUAAUGGAAAAUUACACAUUGGAAAGUGUUGAACAAGAAGAAUGUAGAGCACACGAAGUGAAAGCAGUAACAAACGAUUACAAUGUAGUUAAUGUUAGGGAGAUCAACUGUGGAGAUCAACUCCUAACAGCUCGUGCUAAAUUACAGCAUUCAAGUGUACUUCAACAAAAUUUUAAGACAAGGAAACCAAUGUCAUGCCACUUCUGUGGUCGCUCAUUUCGUCACAUAUCAGCAUACACAAUUCACAAGCGCAUUCACACAGGUGAGAAGCCUUACAGGUGCCAGAAGUGCGGCAAGAGCUUUGCUCAGCUCUCCAAGCUCAACUCGCACUCAAACAUCCACAAACAACAUGGACUCAUGCAAUGCCCAUGUUGCGUCACUCAGUCUCCAAACAAAGAUGACUUGAUUGAUCAUUUAAAGAUCCACAUGAAGGGCACCAAGAGGUUCAGUUUGAUUAAUAAAACGAAAAGAGCCAGAGAAAUUCAGAUCCAAUCUUGCGCUGAUUAUAUAGAUUCCCCAGUCUCCCUUAAUGGCAGGAAAACCCUUAGAUGCUCCACUUGUUUCAAAUAUUUUUUCAGCAAGGCCACAUUGAAGAUGCACCUGCAAACACACAGUGGAGUGAGUCGUUUCACCUGCAAAGUCUGUGGCAAGAUGUUUAGCAAGUUCUUAAGUUUCAAUGCACAUGAAAAAACACACUGGCCUGUUAAACCGUAUGCCUGCUCUGUGUGUGGAAAAGGCUUUGUUCUGCUUAGGGAGCUUAAAACCCACUCUCAUAUGCACUCAGGAGAGAUGCCUUUCUUCUGUAACCAAUGUGGACAGGCCUUUAGCGUCUUCUCAUCCUUGCGCACACAUCAAGUCUCCAAAGUGUGUUUUGAGGCUAGAUAUGAGGGAGAUGGAAACAAGGUUGACAUUGAGGGGUUCCUGGUGGAGCAAAGGACUGAUGGGCAGAUUAAUACCCCGAUGUACUUUAAAUGUCAGAUUUGCAAACAACUUAAUCGUCACUGGUGUCAGUACAUUCUUCAUCUACAAACGCACACUAAUAACAGGCCAAACCUUUGUGAGGUCUGUGGACAAAGGUAUGACCAGGUCACGGAAUUAUGUGUUCAUUGUAAAGUUUGUUGCAAAUCAAGUGGAGAGGAGAGGGCAUGCAUUUCGUCCUUGUCACAGGUCUGGUACGAACCCCAAUCUCUGCAGAAUCAGACGCCUGAGCCUGAAAUUGAUUCUCCGUACAAUGAUAGUCAGGAAAUGUUAUCUUUGGAUGACCAGCAUCCCCAAUGUAAGGAGCCUGAGCCUCUGCCACCUCCGGAAACUAUGGAGGAGUAUUCCUCAGAUGUGCUUCCACAAAACCCCAAACCUGCUUGCCAGACCCCAGACCCCAGACCCCAUCCUUCUCCCUCAAACUCCAUGUGUGCAAGUCCUGCUCUAUCUUCCCCUUCUGUAAUGAGCUGUAAUUCCGUACGUGUGGUUCAACAGCCUGCAGGUGUUCGCUCUUGUUUACAGACCCAUGCCCCUUGUGACAGGUAUUCAUGUGGACAAUGUGGAAAAUCCUUUAACCAGUGGAACAAGCUUUGGUUGCAUCAGGGACUACACAGAGAAAAACGCUGUAGCUUCUCAUGCAAUCAGUGCAAUUUAGAGUUUCGCUUCUUUGGCUCCUAUAGGGAGCACAUGCAGGAACAUGCAGCACAGAGACCAUAUGCUUGUCCAUUAUGUCCCAAAACCUAUGUCAUUGAAGAAGACUUAAAUACCCAUCUGUGUGAAAAUCACCAGCCGCGUGAAAGCCUGAAAUGUGACACGUGUGGAAAGGAGUUCACCGGUUUCAGAUACUUGGAGAAACAUCGUCUUUUACACAGAGGUGCUAGCUCACACUACUGUCUCCCUUGCAUGCUCCCAUUUCCUAGUAACCAAGCCUUACAGAAUCACUUGAAGGCUCACAAAGCCCGCCCUGUUAUCCCUCUCCCUGAAGGGCCAUUGGAACCACUUCUAUUUCCAUAUCGCUGUGAAAAAUGUAAUGCCAGAUUUACAACCACAGACUUACUCCAAGCCCAUCAGGUUUGCCAUCUUAUUGGGGGGGAAAAAGCAUAUAGCAGCAUUUCAGCUAAUUAUGUUUCUGCAUCCCUUACCUCCAAGCUUUCAAACAAGCCAAGACAGAGAGUCACGCUGCUAUCCCCUCAGACAAUACCAAUUCCUCCGUCAAAGAAAAGGAACAUGUAUAGGUAUCCUAACCCUGAUCGUCUUUAUGUCGUCCCUAAAAUAUCCUCACAGCCAUCAGUCAUUAUUUCAGACACAGAAGAAGAGCCUCAAGAGCUUCUAAACAUUAGCUUAUCCUCAGUCUACGACACACCCUGUAACACUGUGUCCCUUGAACAUGAAGGGCAAAUCAUCCCUAGCAAUGAUUGUUGUGAGGCAAGCAACUCCGAUUUACCUCAGCCCUCAUAUCCCUCCUCAUGUGUUCUUACUGAUGAACCAACUCAAUGUACACCAAAGCCCCAAACAGACACCACAAACAUGCCGACACAUGAACCACCCUCACCCUGUCCCCUGGAUAAAGGUCCUCGGAAUGUACCAGCCCAAAUACGAGACAAGUCUAAGGGUGAUCAUGAUGCUUUCUUUAGAGCCUCAACAUUUGUGAUACCAAGGGGCAAAAAGUGGGGGUAUGAUGCCUUUGAGUGUGCGGAUUGUUGGGUAACAUUUAGUGACGUCUCAGAGCUACAUGAGCAUUACAUACAUCAUGCCAGGGGGGUGAAGUGAAUGUCAAUACAUAUUUUCACAAUUCCACUAUUGUAUAUAAUUGCUUUUGAUGAUAUUGGUCAUUUACACCUGAAGAGUACGAUAUCUGUUUCUGAGUUAACCAUAGUUGUCUUAAUAGCUAUAGCAAUGGUUAAAGGAAUAAUCCACACAAAACCCCUAAUUACUAUGAUUUACAUUGUUAAAUAACGCCUUUUGCAUUUUGUCGUUAUAAGGCAGGAAGCAACAUAUGAUAAUUUUUGUAGGAAUCUGUUGGAGCUCUCUCUGGACAGGAUUGCUGGCUAGCUACAAAACAUAGCUACACACGAUAAUAUCAAAAUCAAUAUCAGCAUGUGAAGUAGCUAGUCAGCUGUAAAAUCCCUGAAACACACUGCGCUAUUAAUUUUAGGAGUUACAAUCUCACCAUGUUCAACCUGGUGGAGAUUGUCUUGCUCAAAAUAGUGAGUGAGGUUGCUAUGACAACGCAAUGACCCUGCCUGCACUGCGAAGGUCGCUUUGCGUGAUGGUAGUUAAAGGACAUUGAUCUGACGGUGCACUUUGAGUUUGAAUGAAAUAUAUACUUUGUCAUGACAAUAUAGACUGUUGGAUGUGUUCUAGACUAGUAUGUCAAUGUCAUCUAUUGUUUGAUUUGGCAAUCUGGAGUGCAGGUAAUUGUUUUAAAAGAAUUAUGAAAUAUGCUAGUUUGUUAUUGCCUAUCUCCAAAGACAAAAACUUUAUCGUGAUGACGCGGCACAACACAAUUUCGGACCAGAAGUUAAAUCAUGCCAUGGUGAAAAUAAUCAUAGAACAGACUAUCACCAAUUUGAGAGGUGUUUCAUUCCUUCAGUGUAUAUUAUUUGUUUAACGUUGACAUGAACUUUUUUUCCUUAAAAAAAACAUUAUUUAUAUUAUUUGAAUAUAUCCGGGGAAUAGAUUUUUCUCCCACCCCCAAAUUGUACAGUACUACAAAAAUGUGCCUUUUGAAUAGAUUACGAACUUGUCGUACUUUUAAACAGUUACUCCAAUCUAUCCUGUUUUAUUUGUUCUCUUUUUGGAAGAGCAUUUGGAAAGUACCCCUUUCAGACCCUUUGACUUUCAUUUUCUAAAAUGGAUUCUAUAGUUUUUUUCCCCCUCAAACAAUCUACACACAAAACACCAUCAUGACAAAGCAAAAGCAGGUUUUUAGGAAUUUGAGCCAAAAAAAUGAAUAAAUGAUGUUACAUUUACAUAAGUAUUCAGACCCUUUUCAGUGUUUUGUUGAAGCACCUUUGGCAGCAAUUACAGCCUUGAGUCUUCUUGGGUAUCACGCUACAAGCUUGGCACACCUGUAUUUGGGGAGUUUCUCCCAUUCUUCUCUAGAGAUCCACUCAAGCUCUGUCAAGUUGGAUGGGGAGCGUCGCUGCACAGCUAUUUUCAGGUCUCUCCAGAGAAGUCCGAUAGGGUUCAAGUCUGGGCUCUGGUUGGGCCUCUCAAGUACAUUGAGACUUGUCCCGAAGCCGCUCCUGCAUUGUCUUGGCUGUGUGCUUAGGAUUGUUUUCCUGUUGGAAGGUGAACCUUCGCCAAAGUCUGAGGUCCUGAGAGCUCUGCAGCAGCUUUUCAUCAAGGAUCUCUGUACUUUACUCCGUUCAUCUUUCCCUCAAUCCUGACUAGUCUCCCAGUCCCCGCUGCUAAAAAAACAUCCCCACAGCAUGUUGCUGCCACCACCAUGCUUCACCAUAGGGAUGGUACCAGGUUUCCACCAGACGUGACGCUUGGCAUUCAGGCCAAAUAGUUCAAUCUCGGUUUCAUCAGACCAGAGAAUCUUGUUUCUCAUGGUCUGAGAUUCUUUAGGUGCCUUUUGGCAAACUCCAUGUGUGCUGUCAUGUGCCUUUCACUGUAGAGUGGCUUCUGUCUGGCCACACCCAUAAAUGCCUGAUUGGUUGAGUGCUGCAGAGAUGGUUAUCCUUCUGGAAGAUUCUCCCAUUUCCACAGAGGAACUCUAGAGCUCUGUCAGUGAUCAUCGGGUUCUUGGUCACCUCCCUGACCAAGGCCCUUCUCCCCCGAUUGCUCAAUUUGGCUGGGUGGCCAGCUCUAGGAAGAGUCUUGGUGGUUCCAAACUUCUUCGGGAGUACUGGAGAAUUUUUUGUUUUGCUACCCUUCCCCAGAUCUGUGCCUCGACAUAAUCCUGUCUCGGAGCUCUACGGACAAUUCCUUCAACCUCAUGGCUUGGUUUUUGUUCUGACAUGCACUGUCAACUGUGGGACCUUAUAUAAACAGGUGUGUGCACAUCAUAUCCAAUCAAUUGCAUUUACCAGAAGUGGACUCCAAUCAAGUUGUGGAAACAUCUCAAGGAUGGUCAAUGGAAACAGCUCAAUUUCAAGGCUCAUAGCAAAGGAUUUGAAUAUUUAUGUAAAUAAGGUAUAUUCCUUUUUCUUUAUACAUUUGCAUUUAAACAUUUCUAAACCUGUUUUUGCUUUGUCAUUAUCGGGUAUUGUGUAUACAAUUCCUUAUAGAAUAAGGCUGUAACGUUACUACGUCUCAAAUGUUAAGGGGUCUGAAUACUUUCAGAAUGGACUGUACAUGUUUUUUUAAUGUUUAACGUUGUAGAUGUUGUAACACACUCUAAGGGUGUAUUCACAUAUAGUCCUCUUUUAAAAUAACCGAUAUCAGUCCUCUUUAAAGUCAACUGGAGGGUAACAAAAUGUUGUUAUCUUUGUAGUUACACUGCCCUUGCCUUUGCAACUCUUUUACCAGUUCACUUCACCUAUUUUGUGGACUGAGUCCUCUUUUUUUGCAUUCACAUUGCUAUGUUUUGAAAAGAACCAACAUCUUUUUCCAACAUUCACUCAUGCAGGACAAGCCAUUCAAUCACAAUGUGUUAUGGGACAGCUAGAUAUACAUACUUACAGUUUGGAAGCUAAUAGAUUGCUUUUAGUUCAAAUAUGAGACAUAACUGUAAUCAGAUGAUACGAUUAACUUGUAAAUAUUAUUGGUAACAGAACAAAUAGCAAUUGAGUAACUGCAGAUUAAAUAAUGCUGUAAUUGAAAAUUUUACACCCAAUGUAGGCUACUUCCCCUUUAAGAGCUAGAAUAGAUUUUAUAGGUUGUGAUUCUCACCAAAUAUGUUGUCUUCUCACACUAUUCAAACCCCACGAUCAAUAAACAGCUUAUAAAACUCUCUUAGCAUAUAGAGCACAUAUUGCAAACCAAUAAUCUGAACUAAAAACUCCAUCUCUCGUGGCACCAAUGUAAGGGUUUAUGGCAGGGGAAACAGUGUUGCUGUAGUCUAGUGUGUUGUGUGGGAAUAGUUACAAGCGAACCUGGGGACUUUUGUGUUUACAUUGUCCUAAAAAUGGGAACCGGACCACAGAAUUCAAGCGAACCCAACUCAGACCACCUCUCGAGAUGAUCUCUGUUCGGUUCGGGGGCUCUUUUGAGGGGUUUGAGUUUCUCUGGAGUGUUAACAAUGUACAAUAAAUUAAGCGAACUGCACAGAGUUCACAAAUAUUGGCUGAAAGGGAACAAAUGUGAAAACACCCUAUGUUGUGUCCUUUUGGGGUAACGGUUAGAUCUGCUUUCCAAACAGUCAAUUGUUUGGUAAAUGGUGAUUACUUACCAUCUUUGUUUUCUGGAAAUGUGAAGUGUGGUUUGUGACACUAUUGUAAUUAGUCAUUUCAAGUGUCAAAGAUGUCACUGGACAUUCAGUAAACAUUACUCAUUCCAUCUUUAAGCACUGUACAGCAAAGCUAUUGUCAACACAAAGAUGUGAUGGAAAGGAUUUGUUAUAUUGAUUCUGUGCUGAUAAUUUUCAUUCUUUAGAUGUCUCAUUAUCAAUGCAAAAGUUUAAAAAAAGUUUUUAUAUACAGUUGUCUUACAAUAAAAGUAUCUUGACUUUGA